ACACUCAUAACUCAAACCUUCCAACUGGUUUCUUUGCAUCGUCUGUCUUUUCCUUGUGUUCCCAGGUACAUGGCCAUCGUCCACCCUAUGAAGCCUCGCAUGAAGUACCAGACGGCCUACAGCCUGAUCCUGGGCGUGUAGAUCAUACCCAUCGUCAUCUCCAUCCCCUCUGCCUACUUUGCUUCUGAGACCACAUACCCGCACAUCUCCAGUCAGAGCCACAAGACCGUCUGCGCUCAGAUCUGGCCCGUGGAUCACCAGCUCUACUACCACUCCUACUUCCUCUUCGCCCUGGAGUUUGCCGGGCACGUGGCCGUCAAGGCCCUGUGCUACGCCAGGAUCUUGCGGGAGCUGUGGUUCAAGAGCGUGCCUGGCUUCCAGACAGAACAGAUCCGGAAGCGGCUGCACACGCGGAGGACGGUGGCGGUGCUGGCUGCCUACGUGCUCUGCUGGGCGCCGUACUACGGCUUCAUACUGGUGCGGGACUUCCACCCCACACUGAUCUCCAGGGACAGAAACUCCCUGGUGGCCUUCUACAUUAUCGAGUGCACUGCCAUGAGCAACGGGGUCAUCAACACUUGUUUCGUGAGCGUCCGCAACAACGUCAAGUGCAUGCGGACAGUGACCAGGCUGCUCUGGAAGUGUCAAAUGUGCAGCGGAACGACGGCGGAUAAGCACACCUCGUCUUUACGCAUGACAGAGGAUGUAGAGUGCACACGCCUGAGAUAGAGGCCUGAUCCUGAGAUAAUCGACACUAUCGAAAGGUAGAACCACCACUUGUCCAAGUAGAUUCUGGCAUGUUGCACACUUUUCCCGUUCUUUAAGAGCCAAAAGGGUGAGAUAUAAGAUUGAGUCAAAGGAACGAUUUGGCGUUGGACAAGAGGUCCAGACUGUUGACACAGAGUAGGGCUGAACUGUGCUGCUCGAGUGACAGCCGGCGGGGCUUUGUAUGUGGGAAACAGCCACGAGAGAGAUGACGGAGUAAACUAUAAAAACGGACAUUACACGCAGCUGAGUGACGUUUCAAAAUAUUGCAUGUUUCUGCGAUACGGACAUUGCACAUGUCAAUAUUGCGAUUUUGAUGUGAAUUUGAUGCAUUGUCCUGCCACGUUGAUAACUUAGUUCCUACUAGUACAAUGCCUCACAUUGUCACUGCUAUCAUGGAGGCCAUUUUGAAAAAAAACGUGAAAGUUUAAUGGAAUUAGAAUUUCUUCACAAUGUGGAAUCACUCACGAGGAGGGCAUUAGACUUUGAAAGGAUUUUUCUCCGUAUUUAUUCAAGAGGCUUGAUUUGAUGAAAUCCUGGAGGUUACUAAACAAACAAGUUAUUUCAGGUGGUUAUUUCAAGUCUCUAUGUCUUACAAUAAAUAAUUUAUCAGUUUAUAGUGCUUUCUAAUACACAUUUGUAUAUGAAAUAUUCAAGAUAGUUUUUAAAUAAUAAGAGCACUCUCGAUUCUAAUUAAAAAAAAAAUUAUAAUCAAAGACAAACUAGCAGACUUAUCGAAUCGAAGAAUCUAAAAUAGAAUUGUGGCGUGGGGCUAGCUAGACAAUUAACAGUUAGGUUAAAUCAAUUAAGACGUGCUUUCUUGUUUGACACUAUUUUAUUUACUUUAAUUUCACGUUGUAUUCGUUGCAUGUAACAAAUAAAAUUUGAUUUGACAAUGGCCAUCAGAGGAGUCACACUGUAAAGCCUGGCAUUUGACAGGAGGAGUGAGAUCGGGAGGAAAUAACCGCUGCAAGUUGGUGCUGGUCCCAGAUCAGCUUCAAAAGCAUGGGAGGAUCUUUUUGGUGACAUCGUCACUGCUUCUUUCGCUAUCAAUUAGUUCCUCAGUUUUCAUCCGUAAUGUCAAAUAAAUGGCUGAAAGAAAUUCACUAAUGAUAAUCUGUUCAAGUAGAGGGUGAAGUAAAAAUUGAAAUCACCAGGUUCAUAU